CAUCUAUGAACCGCGUUGUCUUAACUCCUCUACGCUAUACUUGAAGCUUACGAAAGGAUGAUAGUGCUUCUCAGAGUUGAAUUUCGGGCUCAAUGCUCAAUCAUAGUUUUAUUUUUGGUGACGGUGAUAACUCUUAGUCGAUGGCAAGACUAUGUCAUCAGCUAUCACGGCGUUCCUAAGUUGAUAAAAGUAUUGGCUAAUACAUAUGCGUUGCAUCAUUCCUCACGAAGUAUUUUUCAAGUGACGUGACCUCUCGCUGAUUCUUUCUAUAGCGCUCCAAACGCUGAAAGAAAUAAUUAGAAACAAAUGUGACUUUGAAUUUGAGAUGGUUUGUUCCGUUUGUUGUGAAAAUACACAUAUACCUCUUUGAAUAUCCACUUAAUUUACACCUUUUUAGGUUUUUCUUCAACCUCGCACUUCAUUGAAGAUUUUGAUCAUUCAAAACACACGAGCAUAAAAGACGAUUUUUUCCAGCUUCAGGGACGAAGAUAAAAAUGUACAUAUGCACUAGGGUUCCACAUUAUGUUUUCAUCCUUAAUUUUGGAAUCUCACUUAUAUCUGCCGUCACAAAAGAAGUAAAACAACAACUCACACAACAUCGCAUUCUACCAGAUGUCAUAGAAGUGUUUCCAACAUCAGUUAUUCACGUCGAAUAUGAACAGCAAGCAUUGAAAAUUGCUGAGUUAUUGAAAUUAGAUCAAGUCAAAACUAAACCGUCCGUCUCUUGGCCAGCAGCCCCGGAUGCUCUGUACACACUGAUAAUGACAGAUGCUGAUUAUCCUGCGCCUAGUGCACCAAGCAGAACCGAAUUUCUUCAUUGGAUGAUUAUAAACAUGGAAGGCUCAACGUUGGACGUUUCAAAUGCUGAAACAACAGUAGAAUACUUGGCACCCUUGGCAAACUCAACACCAGGAUGUCACCGAUACGUUUUCACAGCAUAUAGACAAGGGAGCGAGGAGAUACUCGAUGACUUUCCGCUUCUCGACACAAAAGCCGUCGCUAAGAGAGCCAAUUUCAGCACUAUUGCAUUCGUUGAAGAACAUCAACUUGGUUACCCCGUUGCAGUGAAUUUUUAUAAAGUUGACUUUAAUAAAUGAUUGAAA